AUGCUGCCCACUCCUGACCUCUCACAUCUCAAACGCAAGGACUAUGAGUUCGUCUACGAGCCAGCCGAGGAUACAUUUCUGUUCUUGGACGCGUUUGAGGACGAGGUUUACUUUUUGAAGGAGCUCCAACCGGCCAUCUCACUGGAGAUCGGAUCUGGAUCUGGCUGUGUCACUGCUUUUGUGGGCAAAAUCCUCGGAGAAUCGAGCUGCUUGAAGUACUGCACUGAUAUCAAUCCCAAGGCAGCAAGAGCAACACAAGGCACCGCAAAGCAAAAUAAGGUCUCAGUUGAUAUCAUCGAGACUCAUCUUGUGAGCGGGCUGCUUCCUCGUCUCGAGGGACAGAUCGACCUGAUGUACUUCAACCCACCCUAUGUACUGACCCCUUCCGAGGAAGUUGGAUCACACUCUGUCGAGGCAGCCUGGGCAGGCGGAAUUGAUGGUCGCGAAGUGAUUGACGAGUUCUUGCCAUACAUCAAGCGGUUGCUCUCGGUAAAGGGAGCGUUCUAUAUGGUUGUGGUGAACGAGAACAAGCCUGACGAGAUCCGCGAGAUCAUGAAGAACGACGGUUUCGAUUCAAGCGUUGUAAAGACUCGCCUUGCAGGAAGAGAAAAGUUGUUCAUUUUGAAGUUUGUUAGGACGGCAGCCUGA